AUGACGGUGUUCCCACAGCUUGACGUCAUCAGCUCAUCACAGAGUAAAGGGGACAUUGUUUUAGAGAAUGAAGUUGUACUAACAAAAAUGAAGCUCCUCAACAACUUCCCUGAGAAACUACUAAAUGUUGAGGAUUCCAUUUCAACCAUCUCCAUUUCAAUGUCUGAGCAGGAUAACAGAGAGCCUCUCCAGGCUGACGAGGUGAUCUCCAUCCACAGCGCUGCUCCAGAUACAACUGUGACUGAAUCAAAAACAGACUAUCUAUCUUCGAUUUUUGCUGAUUCUGAGCUUCAAAGAUUGUAUAAGUUUGAAUCUGAGGACUCUGGGGUAGAGAUGACUAGUGGAGCGACUUCCCCAUCCACCCCAACUGGUUCAGAGCAAAGCUUUGUGGUCCACAGUAGAGGGUCUUCAUGUGACUCUGGCAAUCUGACCUCUCAUGCACAUACUGACAAUCCUCUUGAAGACAGUUCAGUCUUUUUGGAAACUGAACAAAUGUCUUGUAAAUGUGCUGAACAAGAUACUCUUGCCAUUCUGGGAGACAGAAGAGAGGAUGAGAAUGCUGAUAAUGAUUUAAUAGACCUGAUAGCAGAUUCAGAGAGGUCCGAGGACAGAACCCUGAGGAAUACCAUGGAGAACUGUGAAGAUGAAAUUGAAAUCAUAUCAGCACAGGUGGAAAUAACAGGCACUCCAAUGGCUGAGGACACGAUGUCAAGGAACCAGUGUUCUAUUGAAGCUUACGAUGGCGAAACAGGACCUGAAUUUCAGCAACAGCCUUUGAGGAAAAGCACAACCAGCGACAGCUUGGAUGAGUACAUGGAAGAGUGCUGCAGGCUAAGUGAGGUGAACCAGGCCAAUCAGUCCAACCCACUGGGCUCUGGACUGGGGUACCUAGAGCACAUCUGCCAACUUAUAGAGAAGAUCGGUCAGCUCCAGGAACACAACCUCCGACUACAGAAACAGAUCUGUGGCCUGCAGAAGGAUGGCCGAGUGAUCAAGACUAAAGAGGACUUUUUCAUACAUCACUGCAGCUGUGGAGCAGCCAGCUUGGCCUUCCAAGAGCUCAAGAGACACUUUCACAGUGAUCACUACAGCCUAACAGCAUCAAGCAGCACGCUGUCUGACCUGACCACAAUCCCUGAGGUCACGCGCACCCCCCUCAGGACAGCAGCGAGAGAUGGUGAGAUGGGCUGUCAACCUGCUCUACCCGUUUGGAAAAGGGGUCUGAAUCGAAGAAGCUACACAGAGGGAGAAGCCAAGUACCUGAGCGACAGCGCUGAGGUCCUCUCUGCUCCACACAGACGGUUGAGUGAGAACUACACUUGGGGAAGAGUGAAGGAACUGGUGAAGAAGACUAAACUGAGGAACCAGAGCAGGCUGGGACUGUCUUCAGGCUCCUUGAAGAGAUCAUGUCCACAGCUUUACCGCCCAGAUGUGAUGUCAGCAGAGCGCCCCAGGACAAACAGAAACUCCAUGAUCGCUUUGGGCCAUCAGAAACUGGACUAUGUGUGGCCACAGUAGUAUUGAUCAGACAUUGAGCAGAUGGCCGGCGAUGGGGCAAAAGCAAAAGGACAAAGUGAUGAUUUGAUGGUUAUUCCAGACUGAGGAACAAAAUGGGAGAGAAUGCACAAGAAAAAGACGAACAGGAUUUGAGCAAUGAGAGAAAAAUACUGGUAUUGUGUGUACUGUAUAUAAUACUAGGUGAGAUGUUUAUAUGGUAAUGCAAGUGUUAAGUUGUUGAUGGAGCUUGUUUGAGUGACGUGACAUUUCUAUAAAGCACUCAUUAGAUUUGUCAGCUAAUGAGGUACUAUUAAAGACUAUAUAAACGUGGAAAGAUGCUUUACAGUAAGUGAUUUCCAAAAUAUUUAAUUACAGUAAAUUCUUAAAUAUAGCCUAAUGUAAAUUUCUGUCUGGGACAAUUUACCAGACACUGUCCUAAUUGUAAAAUACUUGAAAUACACCCAAAUUAUAACAAAUGUUGAACACACAUGCUAUAAAUUUAUAUUCAUUCUUUUGUACCACAAUUAUAAGAAGUGCCAUGUGAAAGUGUGUAUAUACAGACAUAACAAAUAUGCACGUAUGUAUCCAUGAUGCAUGGAUCGUACAGUAUGUGUGGAUGAGAGUGGAAGAGGGGCGCUGCCUCCCACAUGUGAAUUCCUCCAUCUACAGAUAUAUAUCAAUGUGAUGACGGGGCUUAUGAUAACAUGUAAAUGACUUAUGGCAGUUCUGUACGCUGCUCGCCUGUCUGAUGUUAUAUAAUGUGUGCGGCCGACCCUUUCGCCUCCCUAAAAACGAAGCAAUGCCCAGAGUAUGAACCUGAAACAUCAUCCUAAACUAUGAAUUAACAAGUGCUUCCUAUGUGCCAACCAAAUUUCAGUCCAAAAACAUAAAUGGUUAAUUAAACCGAAUAAAAUGUAACAUACAGUGAAAUAACCAAACCGAGCUGGAUUAAAGCAGUAUUACAUAAAUUAUACUGUCACUAUCAGAACUCCUUUAAAAAAAUAAAAAUAAAACGAAUUUCUCUGAUUUCUGACAUCAGAAACAUCACCAAAACAUUAUACCCAGUGAGUUAAUGUAAGUGCUGCUAAUCAUAAACACCAGAAGAACUAAUGACUGUAAAAAUGUCAAAAAGUUUGAAAAUGGCUAAAAUAAAUAGAUAAAAUACAAUUAAAAAAAGUUGGAGAAGUUCAUUGGUCAUAAACUGUACUAAAGUUAUUAGUGGACCUCAGGGACAAUAAUGGAAUUAAAAAGUUAUGAAAAGUGCAACAGUGCCCACUGCCCACCGUCUUUUUCAGUUUUUCCCAUAGAGAUUUUGUCUUUGUUGAAAGAGUUAUGAUGAUGAUUAUGAUGUUUAUUUUAAACCUGCAUUAGUUUUCUCUUGUUAUAUGCCAGGACCCAAGCCAAUCAACUACGAGCUGAAUCACAACACUACAAACUUUGUAGAAAAUGUUUUAAGCAAAAACGUUUUUGAAAAUCAGACAAAAACACAAAAGGUACAAGACUGUUUACUUAACAGCUUUAGUGAGGGAAAGAACUACAGUCCCACAAAGCAUUGCGAACACCAUAGGCCUAUCAAAUAAAAAAUUAUGGAGAAAUAUAAAACUACUAAUUUACUAAUGUUUAUUUUAUACAUAAAAGCAAUUUAUUUUGAGUUAUACACACACAAAAACAUUCAAGUAUUUUUAGAGUGAUAUGCUGUGUCCGAAAUCGAAUAUUUCCACACAAUA